CCUUGUGUCGGGCCAAUGGAGCUGUGUGUGCGGCUCCACUUCUCUGCAGCUAACUUCAGCGGAGUUAGCUCAACCAGCUAAACAGUGACGUGUAUUACAAAUAGCACCUAAAUGUGUACAUGAUGCUGCUAUAAAGUUGGAGUUUUUAGUGAUCCAGUGCAUUAUGUGAUUGUUUAUACAGUUUUUACUUUGACAUUUCCUUGAAUUGUGUCGUGGGAGCAAUAAUGUCCGUCCUUGUUGAAGAUGGACGGGCUAGCUCGACUGUGAUGCGCCUCUUGUUUCUUGUGGCUGUGUCGCUGCUCUUGGUCGGAGUCGCUGCGAUCCCCGAGGAGAUUAAACCGGCUCAAGAACAACCACUUCAAGAGAAAGUCUCAACUACUCGCCCCAUAGGCCCAGUAAGCCCUGAGGAUGACACAAACAAAGGGAACCUGGGCUUCAUCCAUGCCUUUGUGGCUUCUCUCUCCGUAAUCAUUGUCUCUGAGUUAGGAGACAAGACGUUUUUUAUCGCUGCCAUCAUGGCCAUGCGCUAUAACCGCUUGACUGUGCUCACAGGGGCGAUGCUGGCCCUGGCUGUUAUGACUUGUCUGUCUGUACUUUUUGGCUAUGCCACCACCAUCAUACCUCGAAUCUACACCUAUUAUGUGUCCACGGCUCUGUUUGCCAUCUUCGGUAUCCGGAUGCUGCGAGAGGGGCUCAAGAUGAGUCCAGAUGAGGGUCAGGAGGAGCUGGAGGAGGUGCAAGCAGAGAUCAAGAAGAAGGAUGAGGAGCUGCAGCGCUCAAAACUUGUGAACGGGGCUCCAGACGUUGAGGCUGGGGCUGGGACCCCACUGCCUCAGAAGAAGUGGCACAGCGUCAUCUCCCCGAUCUUCAUCCAGGCCUUCACCCUCACCUUUCUGGCCGAGUGGGGCGAUCGCUCCCAGCUGACCACUAUCAUUCUCGCUGCCCGGGAGGACCCCUUUGGUGUGGCUGUUGGCGGCACAUUUGGUCACUGUUUGUGCACCGGACUGGCUGUAAUCGGAGGGAGAAUGAUCGCUCAGAAAAUCUCAGUUCGAACGGUGACCAUCAUUGGAGGAAUCGUCUUUUUGGCCUUUGCCCUUUCAGCUCUGUUCAUCAAGCCGGACACUGGACUCUGAGUGGAUCAUACUUAUUCAGGUUUAUUCUGUACAUAAAUGUAAAUGUGAGUACAUUGCUGUGUUGUUUUAAUCCUCCUAUACAAAUGUCCAACAGAUCAGGAGCCAAUGUCUGUAACUCAGUGGAAUCUACCAUAGAGGGACCUUUGCAUUUAUAACAAGUGUUUCUUAUUUUUUUCUCUGGUACAUUUAAUUUGGGGUUAGGACUUUCUCAGAGUAAUGGCUGGAUUAUUGCUCAAAAUGCCUCAACGGUGACCACCUACUGUUAAUUUAGAUUGCAUUUCAUUAAUAGACUUGCGCUAUUGGGUAACCACUGAGCAUAACCAUUUUAUUUCAUGUUUGUUCUGAAACCUGAAAUAUGGGUUAAGUUUUGUGUGUAGCUGUUUUAAAUUUCAAAUAUUUACCAGUUUCGAGAGCUUGAUUAGCCAUGUCUGUGUACAUCUUGUUUCAUGAAUUUUACAGUGAAAUGGAAAAUGUGCUUAAACAUACUGCAUUUAUGAAUGGGUGGUUACCGUUGAUUUCUAAUGUCAUUUCAACUGUGUGAGUGAUCUGGUUUGUUACUGUAUAAAACUGUGGUUUAUGUCUACAGUUAAACUCUGCCUUUUUGAUUUUAAUUUAAAUUAAGUGUUGCAUCUGCGGAUAGUAAACAAGCUAUAUUUUAAGUAAAUAUUUUAGCUGUGGUCCUGAAACCAAUUCUUUAGAUGUUUUCAUUUUGAAUUUUAUUGUUCAGAUACUGUAUUAUGUUGUAAGUCUCCUCUCCAGACACCAAGGGGAGCCACAUCCUAUGUUUAAGCAAUCAGUAAUGGUCCUAUCUUUAAAAUCUACAUAGAAAUUAUUGCAAAAGCCGAAGUUAAAUCUGUCAGCUGGACAAAACGGUGUAGGAGUGAAGACGUUUUGCUGCUCAUCCAAGCUGUUUCUUCAGUUCUGGACAGAUUGCUGGUGGACACUGCCUUAUAUGUAUCAGAAAGGAGGAGCUAACCACACUGAAACUGGAAACAGCUAUUGUCUCCAGUUUCAGCCUUAACGGUCCUGUUCAACUUUUAAUGGCACUAAUGGCUCACGCUACACAUACACAGAAAUUGCAAAUUACCUCCACUGUCUCUGCUAACACUCAGAAAUCUCUACUACUAUUGAUUUAAUAUUAUAAUCCAUUUUUGUUAAUUAAAAUGGAGAUAAAUUUAAAUUUCUAAACCAAUCUAUAUUUGAAUAAUUAAUUAAAAUUUACUUUAGUUACAGCAUUUGGCUUUUGUCAUUAUCUCUGAAAAUUAGAAGCCUGUGUGAAGUUAUUUGCUACAUAAUUAUUAAAAUGGGAUAUCACUCCCUUUGGUCUCCCAGCAGCAAUUUGCCCACCUGUAUUUAAGAUUUAAAUUUUAUUUAUUUACCCUUCCUUCUGGGGGAAAGUUCUCUAAACAGAGGGGAAGCGGUCAUUGUAGCAAGUGAAAUAUUUUUUUUAAGGAUCAGGCUAUGGCUGCAUUGUCAAUAUUUGACAGUCUGCACCCACUGUGUAGUAGUAAUUCAGAAAUCACUGAUUGUAAUACUGGUUGGGUGAAAUUCAAAUCAAUAAAACCUUUUGAAAUGGUGU